AUGUUCAAUGCCGAUUUGACGACCGCUGUAGAAAUAAACUGGCCAUAUACUGCAUCAAAUGCAUUAACUCGGGCAAGGAAUACGUUGGGGCAACCCAACGAAACGCCAAAGAACGAACAUACCAACACUUCACAGACCUCACGCGUCUCUUCUACGGAAAACGCAAGUCAGAUUCAUACGCAAGACACUUUUCCAACGAAUUCAAAAACUUCGCAUCUCCUUCACCAUUCCGGCUUAACGGCGACAUUCAAAGGAACAGCAUCAAAAUUAGCAUCAUAUGGCAAGGCAACCCCAUCAGCACUGUCAAGACCUUCGGGACACGACACUGCAGCCUAUGCAACAGGGAGCGACUCGAGAUACUGA